AUGCUUCGAACACAUUCAUCAAAGUCCCGGCCGGAUAUCAAGCAACGCAAGUCGACAUCGCCCGCCCGCCCCGGUGGCGUGCAUCUCGAGCACAUCGACAUUCAAGAUGCUCGGCGGGACGCACAUACAGCGGCCACAGAAGCGUUUGUCCGCAGCCAGCAGCGCAACAACGUUGCAGACGCGCCGCUGUUUCCAGAUCCGGCCCCAAAGCGGGCGAAUUCGACCCGCGAUGGGUUGAGGAGACAGCAGAGCGUAAGAUUUGUCGCAGACCGAGAUGAGGGUAGUGAUAUUGAGCGUACGGGAAGUCAUCGAUCAAAUAGGCGUGGUGGAGUGGGUGCCUUGAGGAGCGGCAAGGAGCGUGGAGAAGUCCGCGACAAGGAAAACAUGAAACCACCACACGAGGGUGAUAUGGCUCCAUCAGAUGAGCCUGUUGUCCCAAGUGCGACCCCCAAGAUUGGUCUGCGAAGGUCCAAAUCCAUGAUAUCUGCCGCAUGCGAAUUAGGUCCGGCACGUCCAGAACGUACGUCCAGCGUCAAACGUUCAGGUCAGGCUCGAGUUCAGGUCCGGAGUGAUUCGCCUCCAGCAUCCUCUGCUCGCAGAUCCAGCGAAACAAAUGAUACUUCAACCUUGAGCUUACGUGCCCCCAAGUCUAUGAGUUUUCUACAGCCGUCCAGGCGAGAGGAUUCUCAGAAUGACUCCGUUAUCAGCAUGGAUUCAAGCCACAAAGAGACCGCGAACCAUGCAGAAGCACAGAGUGUCUAUUCACAACGAACCACGAUCUCGGGACGGCUCAGAGCUGCUCCUUCCAUGUUGUUCCGUUCUGGCAGUAUACGGUCGAUUGGAUCCGGUCGACGAUCCAUGCGUAUGUCGAUGCGAGACGGCCUCGAUGAAAACAUCCAGGCCGCGAUUAGGGGGGCGGAAAUUGGAUCGCGACGAUCCAGAAACUCAAGCUUGACAGGCAAGGCAAGAAAAGCUUCCCAGACCCUAAAGUCAAGGAUCAAGACACUGUUUGGCCGACGUAGUAAGGACCAUGGGAAAGCUUUUGGUGUCGAAGCAUUCGAGAAAGCAAUUGAAGCUGAUCAGCAGGAAGAUGCUGCAUCCAACGCAGCCGGCUCUGUUCGUACGAGUCUGAGUCUGGGCGUCAGAAGCAUGCAAGAGGAGGGAACGCUUUCUCAAGUAUCAUCAAGAGUCCCAACUGUUCAAACUGUUAUUCAAGAGCAAUUGAUUCGGUCUCGCAAGGGCAGCCUAGCCAGUCUACAAAGUGAGUGCCGGAUGACGGCAUCGGAUGAUAUCUCAAGAGCUACCAGCUGGGGAAGUUCUGGCCAUUCGACUGUUGCAAGUCAGCAACAAGCCUGGAGUGAUUGGCAGCAGCAAAGACUCUCAGUGAUCACAGAAAAAACUGCAGGUGUGGCUUCGAUGUCUUCGCCAGAGGAUAGACACACUCUCAGCGCCGAGCCGGCCGAAGACAGGCGUGUAUACUCGGCUCUCGCCAAGAGACUUGCAGAAAGACAAAAGCUAGCCGAGGCUGGUUCCAGGGCCAGUGACGAUGCAUCUGGAAUCCAUAAUGACAGAGAUGACCGGGCAGAGAGACCGGCGAAUAGCAUAUACCUGGCUGCUGAUGAUCCGGAAGGCGGCACAAUCAGAUGCGUGGCAGCUUCGACAGAGACGGUGGAGCACUGUCAAACAAAGGCCCCGGCAGUCUCCAAGCUCGACAGCUCGGCCAAGGUGGCAAAUCGCUGGACGGCAUCGAUAUCAUCGCUUGAGUCGGCGGUAUCCGAAACCAAGCCAAAGAGACACGAAGCCCGCUGCUCCACUCCCGAUCUGCCCAGUCUAGGGAUGCCAAGGUCGAACAGAAGCUCUGCAUUCUUUGGUAGCCCUACAUGCUAUCUGUUUAGGACAACAUCUCCGUAUCGCCGGGCUCUGAAGGAAAGCAACAAGGCAGCAUUGGCGGCGGCGGCAGCAGCGCAUGCUGUGCAACCGUCACCGCUGGCCAGGUCAGUCGAAUCCCUGAAACUGCCUAGUUCUAUCAUGGCCGGGCAGCCAUGGACUGUAGACGAAAAUGCUGAGUAUUCCGAGAGUGUCUAUUCCGGAGAUGAGAACGAUUACCGGUCCAGCAUUUCCGGAUCCGACACAGCCAAAGAGGCAGUGAAUGUAGACGAUGAAUCAAGGAAGGUCACGAAAAUUACACCGCACUUGUCCAGGCGCAACAUGACGGCCUCGUCCGAGUCUGUCGACUGGAAGACGUGGCUCGCGGCCAAUGUGAGCAAGCUGGAGAUGCAGCCCUCGCCCAUCCACGGCAAUGGGCCUGUUGCGUCCAACUCUGGGCAGCCGGCUCACCAGGGACAUAGACGGGAGGCCACACAGAUCUACGAUGAUGCGGAUGACGAGCACGCUGACGCUAAUGAGGAUGACAACAUAUUCGUGACCGAACAUGACAAUUCGAUGCACGCGGAACAGACGACAAAGGCAGAUGAGAAGCAGAUGACGCCACUGGGCGAGGUCCAGCACAACGCUACUCGGGCACCAUCCUACGAUGGAAAGGCAACGUCGAGCACGUUGGCAGAGAACCAGGCACCACGAACUCCGAUUCCAGUAAAAUCUGGGCUGGCACGAGCUCGGUCACUCUAUCGUACACGUACCAGCGCGGACGGAUCCCCCUGUCGACCGCAGGCUCCAGCAUCUGUCAAGUUAAUAAGAAGGCGGACCGCUGCAGUUGACGCGGCGAGUCCGGAAAAGCUGGACCUGGACGACAUGGCACAGCAUAUGGCAGUAAAGUCCGAGAUUGGGCGCGAGAAGACCACGAUAACAGCCAGUAGGAGAAUGGUUGAUUUGUUCCUUAGCAGCAGACGGAGGCGGAUGGCGAGCAGUAAGGAUGCCGGUGAUGCUUUUGUCUGA